UUCGUGAUCUCUGACAACGUAACACCGAACCUAAGACAACACAACACAACACAGCCAUGAAUCCAAACCUUCUCAGAAACUUGUCCUUCCACGCGCGUCGUCUUCGUCUCCCUCCCACUCCUUCCCUCCUCUCUCUCUUCUCUUCUCGCACUAACCCACCUCCUCUCUCCCACCAUACACACAACAAACGCGACCCUCUCGUCGAGGAUAUUAGCAACGAAGAGUUGAUGAGGCGUGUAGCAAAGCUUCAAGAGGAUGGUGCCGACGCAAUUCCUUCUAUGUUUGAGGCUAUAUUGCAGAGGUAUUUAACAGGCAACCCUAUAGAAGCUGACAAAGAAUUGAUGAGGGAAAUUCUAGGGAAGGGAACUGAAUCAGAAGAUGAUGAAGACGACGAAUUGGAUUCUGAUUUGGAAGGAAUAGAUGAUGAAACUGAUGAAGAAGAUUUUGAUCUUGGUUUUAGCAGAAGGAAUGAGGCUGAUGGAGGAAAGACCAAGAGAUGAAUGAGCUCUGCAAUUGCUGUCAAUAUUUGAAAUCAUCCUUUUUGGUGUGUUGGGUAUAACAGAUAGCAAGAGAUGCCUUUGGACUAGUGCUGUUAAACUGUAUGGUGUUUGUUUUGAAUUUCUUAUCUCUUGGUUGCAGCGGUUUUACUGUCUGUCAACAUUUGUCAUGGUGAGAAAUUUUGCGAUUUUGUGGUCAAUAAUCUCAAUUAAGA